AAAUUGAAAAUUUUAACACAAUUCGUAUAGUUUACCAAAAAAAUCUCCUAGCCAUAAUUAUUAUUUAUUUUUAAUUUCUUGGAAGGUGUCACCGCUGAUACACAAAGCAAAGGGAGUCUUAAUAUUGGCAAAGAAAAUAAAAUAGUAUAAAAAUUUAUAGAAAUCAGACGGAAAGAAGAGAGAGGGCGUGGUCACUCACCGGCGAGAGAGAUCCAAAGGCCAAAAGGAACGCAGAGAACCAGGGGAGCUGCUGCACUCCCAAUUCAACAGCAAAUCAACUCUUAACCUGCUGCAGGUCAGGGAUUAGAGAUGGGAAGGAGUAAAACAGAAGUGAAUUUUCAAAGGUUACUUGCAGCUGCACCUCAACAAAGGAAUCAUUCUAAACUCAUGCAUUAUGUUGCGACUUUACGAGAACUUUUAGAACAGUUAGCUGAAGAGAGAACACCUGAAGGUUUACCUAGAGUUUCAAGUGCUGUGGUCAAUGAUUAUUCAAAAAAGAUUGAGGAAAUUGCUUCAGAAUUAACUGCCCCACUGCCCGAGAUUAAGGUAUCCCAGGAGCCCAUCACAAGAAACUCUUUUAAGCAGAGUCCUAAAUCGGAUUCAGAAAACCACAUGCCUUCCUCUCCAGGAUUAAGAAGGAGAGUUGUGCCUGCCUCGAACAUCAAAGAUAGAACUCAUGAAAUCACUGAGGCUGAUGCAUCUGCACCUAUCAAACUAGAUGCUGCAGCAGAAGCACACAUACAGAAGCACAGAAAGCUUCAAGAGGAUUUAACUGAUGAGAUGGUUGGAUUGGCACAGCAACUUAAAGAGCGUAGUCUCAUGAUGAGCCGGUCCUUGGAGAACACUGAAAAGAUACUUGAUUCCACUGAGACAGCUAUUGAGCAGAGUCUUGCUACCACCGGGCAUACUAAUGUACGUGCAAUGAAGAUAUAUUCUGAAACCUCUAAGACUACAUGUUUUCAAUGGCUUCUAAUGUUAGCCAUGAUAUGUGUUUUCAUCAUGGUUGUGCUUCUGAUUCGUGUAACAUAAAAUAGUUCUUGAAAAUGACUACUCAUCUGGGAAGACUCAUGACGUAAAUGCUUUUACCUAUUGAAACGAUGCCUGCCAUGAUUAGCGCUUCUUCAUUCUAUCAAUGUGUUAUAAGUAGGUUUUACUGGCUAUACAUUUGUAGAAUCGAGGUUUAGUACUGGCAGAUGCAACUUUUGUAGUUUGUUGCUGAUGAUGAUUAACGUUCAGUUCUGUAUAUAUUUAUCUUUUUCCCAUAUCAUUGUUUGUCGAUCGUAUGAGAUCGAUAAAUUUAGUUGUUUGUCGAUGAAUGUUUUCUUUGAAGCAUAGGUUCCCGGGUUGAAACUAAUAUAAUUCGUCUUCAGUAGCAUUUUGGAGUGAGUCCUUCAUUAAUGUGAUUUCAGUUCAACUAAGGGAUAACCGAAAUCGGUAUUGGUUUCAAGGUUGAAGAAAAAAACAUAAGCAAGAAUAACCCAGGUAUGUGUUCAAAGUGGGUAUGUUUAAAAUUUUAUUUUCUUUUGAAGUUCUUUAUGUAUUUGGAGGACUAUGUAUUUGUGUACGGAUAUAAAUUACGCAUGGGUGUCAGAUAUAAUUUCUUUUUUUAAAAA